AUGUUUCAUUUAAUUAUAUAUACAGAAGAAAAUGCAAAUAAAAUAGAAAAAUUUUUAACGUUAUUUGAAAAUUUAUAUGAUUGUAGUGGAAGUAAAAUUCCAAAAAAAUGUAAUGAUAAGAAUAAUUUCGAAAAUUAUGAUUGUAAAGAUAAUUCUUUAUUAAAAGAAAAAAUAGAAGAUAAAAAAUUAAAAGAAAAAGAAUUAAUAGAUUAUAAAUAUGAAUUAUGUAUAAGAAAAUAUAAAAUACAAUAUUAUACAUGUAAUUUUUUACAAUUAUAUAUAAAUAAUGAAAAUAAUUUUGAUUUAUAUCUGAUUGAUGAAGAUGAAACACCAAGUUUAAAUGAUAACCUUUCAGAUAAUAAAAAUAUUAAAUUAAAGAAAAAUGAAGAAAAAAGAAUAGAAGAAAAAAAAGAUAAGGAAAAUGAAGAAGAUUCUAUAUCAUCUCUAGAUAAAAAAUUCAUUGAUGUUAAUCUUCCUUUGCAAAGAUCACACAUUUUAUUUAUUCUAUCAUUUCCAAUAGAUUUUUCUUUUUAUGAUUUUUUUUCAUUAAUACAUGAAUAUAUUGAUUUUAUUGUUUUUGUAAAAAUUUUUGAUGUUAAAAGUAAUUUUAAUUUUUUAAAGAAAAAAUGUUAUUCGAAAAAUAGUUUUUCAAAAGUUCAAAAAAAAUAUGUUGAUAAAUAUAAAAAUAAAAAAAAUAAUGAAAAGGUUAAGGAAGAAAAAGAACAUAUUUAUAAAAAUUAUAUUCACAAAAAUUCAAAUGAAUUUUUAAAUAAACCAAAAAAAUCUUUAAAAAAAGAACAAAAGAACAAAAACAUACAAUAUUCAAAUGAAUUACUGGAAAAUUUGAGUGAUAACAACAAACAAAAAAUUCAGAAUGAUGAUAAUAUAAUUAAAAAUCAAAUAAAUAAACAAAAUAAAUGUACAUUUAAUGAUAAAGAUUGUGGAAAAAAUAAUGAAAUUAAAAAAAGCAAAAAAAUAGAAAAUAACGAAUAUUGUGAAGAAAAAAAUACAAAGGAACUUAUAAAAAAUAUUAACAAAAAAGAAAAAAAGAAAAAAAAUUACAAUAACAGAUUAUUUUGUACAUGUGAAGAUAAUGAAGUGGAUUAUAAAGAAAAAAAUUUUAAAAAUGAAAAUGAUAAAUAUAGCAUAUAUGAUAAGAAGAAUAUUGGGAUAUCGUUAAACAUAGAUAGUAGAAAUAAUAGUGAUGAGAUAAGAUAUGAUUAUAUAAUAAGUAGUAGUUCAAGUUUAUACUCAGAUUACUACAGUUGUGAUUUAUUAAAUAAGGAUGAUAAUGAAUUAAUAACUAAUAACAUUUUAAAAAAAAAAAAGUUUUUAAGUAGUGGAAUUAAAUUUAAAAAAAAAAAAAAAAAAUCUUCUAAUAGCAGUAAUUCUAAUUCAUUAUAUGUAGAUAAAAAAAAAAAAAAUGAUUUAAAUAAAUAUCUUUCUUCCCUUUUAUGUAAAGAUGAACUUUUGUUAUCAUACCAGAAAAUAUAUAAUAUGUUAAAAAAAAACUUAAAAAAAAAAAAAAAAAUAGAAUGUUAUUCUGUAUUAAUAAUUUUUAAAACACAAAUACAUGCUGAUAUGUUUUAUAAAAAAUUCCAUUGUAAAAGUAUAGAUUUUUUAAUGAAAUCAAAAUUUUUUGAACAUAAUAGUUAUACUGUUUAUGAAAAUUGGCAUAUAUAUUGUGUAUUUGUGAAUUUAAUAUAUUAUAUAGUUGAUCAUAAGAUAAAAAAAGAAGAAAAAAAUUUGAGUUGUAAUAUAAAUAAAAUAACAGAGAUAGGAGAAUCAGAUAAUUUACAAAUAAAAAAAAAUAAUAAUAAAUUAGAUAAUAAUAACAACAAAUAUAAAAAAGAUUACAAAAAUAAUUCUAAGAAAAAUAAUUUACAUGAAUAUAACUUAAAUGAAAACAAUUUACAUAAUAAUAUAAAUGAAAAUAUUUUAAAAAAAAAUAUUUUAAACGAAAAUAUUAAAAGUAAAGAUAUUUUAAGUGAACAAAGUAAAAAUGAAAAACAUUUAAAUGAAAAAAAAAUAGAUGAAAAUACUUUAAUAAAAAACAAUGUAACUGAAAAUAAUUUGAGAGAAUAUAAUGUAGCAAAAAAAAAAUAUUCUUUGAACAUUUUUGAUAUAAAUAAUUAUGAAAAUUUUUUAAGAAAUAUUAUAAUAGAUUCAAAUAUAUGUAUAUCUGUAUGUUUAAUGUGUAUAGAAUUAUUAGAUAACGAAGUAUAUUUUAUUUUAACUAGAAAUAAGAAAUGGAAUAAUUUAAAAAAAAGAAAAAAUUAUUCUGAUUAUAUUAAUUUAUCCUGUAAUAUUUGUACGUUAAUAUAUUUUUAUGAUAUUAUAUCAAAAGUACUUAAUAGUUCUUUUUAUGAUAAUUUAAGAAAAAAGUUAAGUAAGGAGGAGUUAAUUAAAGUGUUAGAAAAUUAUUUAUUAAAAGAUGAUGUAAAAAAAUUCGAAGAAGAUAAAUAUUUAGAAAAAGAAAACGAGAAAGAAAAAAAAGAUACAGAUGAAAAAAGUGAUCUAUAUUAUUAUAUAGAAAAAAAUACAAUUAAUAAAAAGUACUUUUUAAAAAAAAGAGACAGAAUGAUUUUAAAUAUUUUAAAAUUGAAUGAAAUAAUCAAUAUGUUAAAAUGCAAAUAUUGUGAUAAUACUGAUGAUAUUUGGUUAUGCUUAAUUUGUUCUAAUAUUGGAUGUAGCAGAUAUCAAAAAGGUCAUGCUAAAGUGCAUAGUUCAAAAUAUAAUCACAAUUAUUGUAUAAAUUUAAAAACAAAAAAGAUAUGGAAUUAUUUACAAGAUACUUUUAUAAAAGAAAAGAUGGAUAAACAAAGUGAGGAAAGCAAAUUUGAGAAUUCUGAUUUUUCUUUUGAUUACUAUUAUUCUCAGAAUUACUCAAAUAGAGAUAUGAAAAAUAACAACAUAAUGUAUUAUGAUAAUGAAGAAAAUUUUACAGAAAUGCAAAUUUUUGACGAUGAUUUGUACGAAUAUAACAGUCACAUUUACAAUAAAAUAUUUGAUAUAUUUACAAAUGAUAUUUACAUUAAUGAUAAUUUAAAAAACGAACUUUUAUAUAUUUUAUAUUCUCAAUUGUCUCAUGAAUCAAAUAUUUAUAAUAAUAUAUUAAUUGAUAUACAAUACAAAUAUUUAAAUAAAUUAGAAUCAAAAAAAAAAAUAAUAAAAAAUGUUCAUGAAAAAAUAAAUGAAAUUAUAAAUCAAAAUAAGAAACUUGAAAAUUUUAUAGAUGAUAUUGAAAAUGCAAUCAAAAUAAAAAAUAAUGAAAAGACAGCAAUACAAGAUAAAAUUAAAUUUUACAGAGAUUUAAACAAUAAUAUAAUCACUCAAAAAAAAUUAGAAAAAACUAAAAUAAUUAGUAUUGAAGAUGAAAAUGAUAAUAAAAAAAUAAAAAGGUUAAACGAAACAAUAAAAAAUCUACAAUCUCAAGUUGAUGAUUUAUUAAUAAAUCUAUAA